GUUUGGAUUAAGGAUAUUUCGGGCAUUCGGGGGAAUGCUUAUUUGGAGUGAAUCGUGUCUUGCUUUUUGUCUCUUUCUGGACAAGGCCAGUAGCCCCAUGGAAAGAGGAAACCAAACAGGAGCUGGACACUUUCUCCUCCUGAGAUUCACAGAGAAGCCUUUCCUCUUUGGGCUAUUUCUGUCCAUGUACCUGGUCACGUUCACUGGGAACCUGCUCCUCAUCCUGGCCGUCAGCUCUGACUCCCACCUCCACACCCCCAUGUACUUCUUCCUGGCCAACCUGUCUUUUGUAGACAUCUGCUUCACCUCCACCACCGUCCUGAAGAUGCUCUGGAACAUCCAGGCGCAGAGAAAACUUAUCACCUGUGCAGGCUGCCUCAGCCAGAUUUUUUUUUUCAUCGUGUUUGGAUGCCUGGACAAUUUACUCCUGACCGUGAUGGCCUAUGACCGCUUUGUGGCCAUCUGUCACCCCCUGCACUACAUGGUCAUCAUGAACCCCCAGCUCUGUAGGCUGCUGGCCGUGGGGUCCUGGUGCAUCAGUGUCAUGGGCUCCCUGCUCGAGACUUUGACCCUUUUGAGGCUGUCCUUCUGCACAAACAUGGAAAUCCCACACUUUUUUUGUGAUCUUCCUGAAGUCCUGAAGCUUGCCUGUUCUGACACCUUCGUCAACACCAUGGUGGUGUAUUUUGUGACUAUUGUCCUAGGUGUUUUUCCUCUCUCUGGGAUCCUCUUUUCUUAUUCUCAGAUUUUCUCCUCCAUCCUGAAAAUUUCAUCAGCCAGGGGCAAGUACAAAGCCUUUUCCACGUGUGGGUCUCACCUCUCGGUGGUCUCCUUGUUCUAUGGCACUGGCCUCGGGGUCUACCUCAGUUCUGCAGCGACUUCAUCCUCUAGGACAAGUCUGGUGGCCUCGGUGAUGUACACGAUUGUCACCCCCAUGCUGAAUCCCUUCAUCUACAGUCUGAGGAACAGGGACAUGAAGGGGGCCCUGGGGAGACUCCUCAGCAGGGCAGUGCCUCUCAGUGUUGGGGGACCAUUACAGGAUUCUCAUGAGUAA